AUGAAUUGUCAAUAUCUACUUAGUGAUAUUACUUUACAUGAAGAUGAUCUGAUGGAUGAAGCCAAAGAUCAAUUCGAUUUCCAUACGACGAUACUCAAUUUGUUUGAACUCAAUCGACAAGUCGUAGUUGAAAAUGAUCAGGUGACAGAUAUCGGUCGGCAUCUUUUAUUAUCAAAGCUCGAGAAAGCUCAUACAACUUUUAAGGAAGUGCUCAACUAUAUAGUAAGCCAAAAUGUGCUGUCUAAGUGUAGCUUACCGGAAUUUGGGCCUAUAUUCGUAUGUGGACUUCCACGUACGGGUUCAACAUUACUCUACAAUUUGCUUGCGUGCGAUCCAAACUGUCGCGCACCAUUUACUACUGACAUGAGCGGCGAAUGUCUUCCGCCCAUUUCACGUUCGAACACAGAAGAACAUGAGCGACGAAAAUCGAUGUUGGCACAAGAACAGCAGUUCUGUGAAAAUCUAUUGGAUCGACAAAGCAUGCUGGCUGCAUCUCAUCCGAGCUAUCUUAUCGAAGAAGAUUUUCUUAUUUUAGAGCAUGCAGGUAUCUUUAUUCCAGUAAUGCGAAUCAGUCCUACUUAUCGCACUUUGGUCGAUACAUUUUACUAUAAUGAAAUUUAUAGAGGUGCAGUUUACAAGUAUCAUAAGCUAUUCCUGAGUAUGCUCAAUUCAGUAGAUAAGCCUUGUUCUCAUUGGCUCGUAAAAGCACCCGAACAUUCUUUUUCUUUAAACAUAAUCCUUCGGCAGUAUACAAAGUCAGCAUUCAUUAUGACACAUCGAAAACUUGAAGAUGUUUUACCGUCACAUAAUCGGUCAGCAUGGGCCUUUGAAAAUAUUUAUUUUGAUAAAAAUGACCAAACAAAAAAAGAUCUAAUCACAAUGAAUGGGCUCCGCUAUAUAGACAAAAUGAUCGACCAUAUAAUGAAAUUUCGACUUGAUCGUAUCAAAAAAGAUGAAGAACUUGAUAAAAAUAUUUUCGACGUUCUCUAUGAUGAUUUAAUUAAGGAACCGAUUGUCACUGUACGUCGAAUCUAUACUCAUUUUGGUCUUCGUUGGACACAAGAAUUUGAAACGGCAAUGUACACAUGGUUACGUGACAAUCCUCAAGGCAAACAAGGACGCCAUACUUAUAAUCUCAGUGACAUUGGACUCACCCGUGAAGAUAUCGAGAGUCGUUUUGCUCCUUACAUACAUUUAUUUCUCCGCUCAUAA